UGCUUUUUUUUGUUUGACCGUUAUUGAGAAGUAGAGAUGGACGAGCUGGCGGCGCAGCUUGGAAGCGCAGCAAUGACAACAGGAUCAUCGCGGACGACGCACGCGCGACAGGCGCAGUACAAGGCGGGAAGGCAGCCGGCAACACAAGCAGAGCGGCGCAAGAAGCUCCUCGACCGCCAGAAAGAGCGUCGCCACGAGCUGGUCGACUUUGCAAGGAGACUUGCAUUCGACGAGUUGACAGAAGAGGACGAGCAUGCCAUCGUUGCGGAGAGCGAGUCUCAAUCACCAGAGACCGGCGACGACAAUGAUGAGGACAACCACUACGACGACGACGACGAGCAGGACGAGGUCGACCCAGACCAGGACGCCCCACCGCGACGGCCGAAAGGCAUGCGUCGAUCUGUGUAUCGAAACCCGUACCGACACAUGCUGAUGCAGUCAGAAUCCAUGGAAGAGGCCCCAGCAGAUCUCGAAGGCACUUGGAACUUCUUAUUCUGCCCGCUUGGACGAAGGUGCCUUGUGGUCUCGGCCAAGGGACAAACAACAAUGCGUCUCCGGAACGGAUAUCCGCAGCAACGGUUUCCUUCGAAUCUACCGGGUGGCAACCGCAAGUCUGACAGCAACUACAACUCGUCCAACUUUUGCAUUUUGGACUGCAUCUUCCACGAGGCAAGCAAAACCUUCUUUGUUUUGGACUUGAUGUGCUGGCGAGGCGUCGACGUCUUCCAGACAGAGAGCGACUUUCGGUACUUUUGGCUGCAGUCCAAGCUGAGCGAGGAAGGUGCGCGAUUGACCACACGGUCACCCGCUCAUCCGUAUGCGUUUGUUGCCGCUCCCCGUUACUCUUGCAACCGCGUCGAGAUGGCGACGCUAUUGGCCGGAUUUGCAAGCGCACCCCCGUUCGACUUGGAUGGUUUGUUGUUCUUCCACUCUGCAGGUCACUACACUGGCGGUUCCACGCCUCUCAGCCUCUGGCUCAAGCCGGAGAUGGUUGGUCCGCGACUAGGCUUGGACAUUCCCGGCUUUGACCAGGUCGCCAUUGCCUCACAGCUCGCAGCACAUCAGCGUGAGCUGCAAAAGGCCGCCUUCCUGCGAGAGCGAACCAUCGUUAUUCAGCAGCGUCAGCAACAGCAGCAGCAGCAACAAUACCAGUCUGACAGUGGCUUUGACAACGCACCGUCUGACGACUCGUUCGACAAUGGGCACAACAUGGGGUCGGGCAACGCACACAAUGGCAAGAAAAGCCGACGCAAAGGCAAGAUGAACAAGUCGCAGCGAAUGGAGCUACAACCUGGGCAAGUCCUGCCCCAACCUGGCAGCUUCUACAUGCAAGGUGCAUCGUGGGCGUCUCAGCCUCAUCAUCAUCACAGCAACCAAGACGAAUCCGCAUUGCAUGCCAGUAGCAUCAGCAGCAGCUCUGCCGAACACAUGCCAUGAGCUUCCUUAUCAUCCCUCUAAUAAAUGCAACCAACACGUCGUUUUUAUGCUCGAA